UGUAGCGCCAGUCACUCUGUGACAUAUGUCAGAUCAGCUCCAGACAGUUGUUUAGUCUGACUCCACUCUUUAGACUUUGCCAUCCCAGAACCAAACCUGCCCUCCCCACGUCCCAAUCAUUUCUAUACGUGAUGACGAGAAGGCAGUGGGCGUGGUUUGUAAAGCUCCGGCGAAGACAAUGGAUCCUGGACCGCUAGCUCAGUUGGGAUCAAUGUGAACGGCAUUUGGUGUGGUGUCCGGGGUCGCACAUAGACUGAACAGUCGCCAUGGAGUCCGCUCAUUCCACCUCGUUAGCCGUGCUGUGCUCGGUGCUCUCGGUUAAGAGGCAAAGCUGCGAGGUGACCCUGGACCCCGGGCGCUCUCUGCUCUCCUGGAGAGAACUGAGGCCCCGACACGGAAGAGAACGGAGCCGGCCCGGUGGUGUUACCGUCCCAGUGACUGAAAUUGUUUCAGUAGGGGAAGCAGAGAUUGAUGAGAAGUACUACAACAGUAUGAAAUGGCAGCAUAUUUGUAAGCCUCGUGCAUUUACAGUACGUUAUGUACAGAGAGUGAGGAAGCACCGCUGGCGGUGCAAGGAGGUGACCUUUUGGUGCAGUGAUGAGCAGCUUUUUUAUCAGUGGUUACAAGCAUUUCAUGAUCUACUUGAGCAGCAAACUCAUAGACCAAAGAACUUGCUAGUUUAUAUUAAUCCUUAUGGUGGGAAGAAAAGAGGUAAACAGAUAUAUGAGAAUAAAGUGGCUCCAUUAUUCAGUGCUGCUGGGAUUUGUGCUGAUGUCAUAGUUACUGAGUAUGCAAACCAUGCUAGAGAUCACCUAUAUGAUGCCAACCUGGAAAAAUAUGACGGGGUUGUUUGUGUUGGUGGGGAUGGAAUGUUCAGCGAAGUGCUGCAUGGCCUCAUUGUCAGAAUGCAAAAAGAUUCUGAUGUAGAUCACAACAAUCCCAGUGCACAGUUAUCUCGGUGUAAUAUGAGGAUUGGCAUUAUCCCUGCUGGUUCAACAGACUGUAUAUGCUAUGCUACUGUUGGCAUUAAUGACCCAGAGACGUCUGCUUUGCACAUCAUUCUCGGUGACUGCCAGCCUCUUGAUGUAUGCUCUGUACACUACAAGAGGACAUUUCUUAAGUAUUCGGUUUCGUUAUUGGGAUAUGGUUUUUAUGGAGAUGUGUUAAAGGGCAGUGAAAAAAAUCGUUGGUUAGGUCCUGCUAGAUAUGACGUUUCAGGGUUCAAGACAUUUCUGACUCACCAUUGCUAUGAAGGGUCAGUCUCAUUCCAGCCAGCAAAGUGGGUUCUGGGAUCACCAAGAGACCAAACAACUUGCACAUCUGGGUGCUACAUUUGCAGGCAAAGUAGCAAGCAGCUAGACGAGCAAGAGCAAACCCAGGCUUGUGGAUCAGAACACAGAGAACAAGACGAUGACUGGACAACAAUCAAAGGAAGAUUCAUGGCAAUCAAUGCUGUCAGCAUGAGUUGUGCAUGUCCACGAAGCCCCAAUGGCCUUUCACCAGCAGCUCACCUGGCAGAUGGAAGUGCAGAUCUCAUUUUAGUUAGAAAGUGCUCAAGACUUGAUUUUUUAAGGCACCUUAUCAGGCACACAAGCAAUAAAGACCAGUUUGACUUUCCAUUUGUUGAAGUUUAUCGAGUAAAGAAUUUUCAGUUUACUCCAAAACACUUUGAAGAUGAAGACAAUGAAAGCACAGAUAUAGGAAUUCUUGGCAAGAAAAACUUUUCUCAGAUAUGCACAGACCAUCCAUCAUGUGGAUGUAACCAUGUGAAUAGCAUUUGGAAUUGUGAUGGGGAGACAUUGGACCAGACCGCCAUUGAAAUGAGGGUCCACUGCCAACUAAUAAAAUUAUUUGCACGUGGCAUUGAGAAUGCCAAGUUAGAAGAUGAUGUAAACCCAAGCAAGGUUUUUUGAAAGGAAGGAAAAAAACAUUCUCCUCAAAUAAAGACCAUGAUGUCUUGCUGAAUUUGUUUAUUUAUUUUUUAUUUGCCUGCCCAUAGAGUAUUGUGAACUUUGUUUAAAAAAGUAUAAUAUAUAUUUAAUUAUUUUAAUUGUUUGUGAGAUUGUAAUUUAUAGAGACUUUUGUGUGUGCUUUCCCCCCUAGCAUCAUGGCUUUAAUUUUGACAUCUAUCUGGCUCUUUCUUUAUAAUGAUGAUGAUGAUGAUAAUGUCUUUCUCCUAAGCUUAGCAAGCAGCAGUAGUGUUCUGACUUAUGCCAGCAGCAUAUUGUUUUAGGGUUCAUAACCAUGGAAUUAGAUGGUUUUGAUUAACUUAAUCAAAUAAUUUUUGCACUGUACACUGAAAUAUAUAUCUCUUUUGGCUAUCUUGUAGAAAUCUACCACAUUGAAAGCAGGCAAAAAAAUAAACACAUUUUGUCAGUCAGCAGGAUAUUACAGCUAAACGAGUGGUGGUAUAAAUAUCACAGUUGCUGACUAUUACUCGGCAAAAGAAGAACCUAAUGUAUGGCACUUUAACUCUCAUUUCCCCAUUGAUAAGAGCUAAAAUUGUAAUAGCUGAUUAACUUUGUUAUACUUGGUCCAGGAGACCAGUUGAAGUAAUAAAAGUAUUAUGUUGACCAUAGGAUUGAGUUGAAAUAUAUUGGCAUGUUUAAGUGAUUACGAGUGAAAGAGCAGUGUUUAAAGUGUGUGCUAAAGUGUAUUAAAUACUAGAAAUAAUGCAUUCUUGUAUGCCCAGUGUUUUAGGAACACAUAUUAUUCUAUUGGGACUCUGUUAAAUAAAAUCAUUACUUGCAUUUUUUAAUGUUGAUAACCAAUAUUAAGGUUUGCUAUUGGUAAAUAAUUUCAACAGGUAUCUUUGUUCAGGUAAUAUUAAUGAAAAGGACCUUUUAUACUAAUCACAGAAAGUAAAAAAAAUGUUCAUCUCAAGGUAUGACUACCCCAAUCUCCCCUUCUUAAAGGGGAACCGUCACCCAAAAACAAUAUUCAAAAUCCUAUUUUAUCACAUUAGUCAAGCAAAAUGAACUUUAAUUACACUAUAUAAAUUAUUUGAAUCUUGUUUCCUUCAGUCUGGGAAUUCAUAAUUAUAGCAAGCAGGCAGGAGCCAUUUUGUGGACACUGUUAUUAAGACAAGCCUUGUAUCACCUCAGAAUCUUGUUUGUGCACCAGAAUGGGGGACCUGAUGUCCAUCCCCAUGCCCUGACUACACAAUUAAAUGGUGAAGAGACGGUGAAAUGUGUGGAGAGCAGUGGCAUCUUGGAAGUGCUGAAUGGAAAGUGAAAGUAAUUGUCUGCCCCGCCUCUAUGCUUGUCUGGAUGACAGGUCCACUUUAACUUACAGUUCUGAAGUACCUGGCCUGACUUUUCCUCUAUAUUUGUGCUAAAUCACAGAUCAGUCCAGUGAGACCAUAACUUGAGUUGUCAGAGGUUCGGGUAUGGUUUUACUUAUUUUUGAAAAUAUUUUAGGGAGGAGUUAUUACUGAAUAAAUUGAAUGUUCAGCUGAUUCAGGGAACCAGAUACAGUACGUUCUCUUUGUGACUUUGUCACUUUACCUUUGUUGCUGUUUGGGAUUAUGAAAGGGAAACUAUACUUCUUAACCAUUCAGGUCUCUAAAAAUAAAUUACAUUAAACAGUCCAUAUGUAAACCACUAUUUCAUAUAAAUAAAGGCUUUUUAUAAAAAAUAUACUGGUAGCAUUUUGGGAAGUACUUUAUGUGCCAUUGAAUAAUCCCAAAUUGAAAUACCCACCAUUUUACAUACUAAUGACUGCCCCCCGGGUCUAACAAUUCACUUUGAUCACACACAAACCAAGGACAGAGCUCUGUCUUUUAAGAGCUGUACUAGAUAACUCAUGAUAUAAAUUAUCUGUUGGUUACUAUUCAUUCUGAAGGUGUAGUUUUCCUGGUAAGCCUAGUAUAGAUUGCUGAGAAAUGCCCAUGGAAGCAAGCCUGUGGCUCAAGCUAUGACAUCUAUUGUAUAGUUAAACGUUAGCUUUGCAACAGGUACAAUUAUUGUUUCUUCUUUUAAAGGGGUGAGAAAAUGAAGGUUUUUGGAUGAAAAGACUGUAAAUUGAUGAAUUUAGCCUUAUAUUAUACGAACAGUAUCUUGACAGUUUUUUUUUUUUUUUUAAAUGUAACCUAACACCAUGGCUGAAACACAAAAUAUUCCAUUUCUGGAAUGGCCUGGGUUUCAUUUAUUCCUGUCUCCAAAUCAACCAGUUUUUAGCUGCUCUGCAGUAGACUGUUUAUUAUCUGUUGUGAAGUCUGGAGAUAUGGUCCCAAUACAGUAGUACAGUAGGUGUAUGAAUAAUAUGCAUUGCUGAUGAAGAGUUCCUUUUGCACACAACUGCCUUUUUCUGCUUUUUGUUUCAUUUUUACAGUGCAAUCUAACAAUGCAAUAACUGAACAUUCUUGCUAUUUUAAAAUCAAAAUAAAAUAUUUUAGUAUCAA